GUAUUCCGUUUGAUUCCACCUCCAUUUUCUUUGUCAAGUUUUUUUGUUUUUGGUUUUUUUGAUUACGUGUCGUUUUGUGGAGCGCUCUUCUUCGUCUUCAGUGGGAUUUUUUUUUUCUAGAGCCACCUCUAGCUCAACGAUAUAACAUUUAAAUCAGUUUGAAUUCAUAGUUUAGCCGUUGAAGAGCUAAGACGAAACAAACAUGAAGUACCUCCUUGUUUUGUGUUUGGCAUUAGCCGGAACCGCUUUAGCUUCUGACGCUAGUAAAGGACCAAAAGUCACCGAUAAGGUCUUCUUUGAUAUUACAAUCGGUGGAACACCCGCUGGACGAAUUGAAAUUGGUCUCUUUGGUGCAACUGUCCCAAAAACCGCUGACAACUUUAAGCAAUUGUCUGAGAAACCAGAAGGCGACGGUUUCAAGGGAAGCAAAUUCCAUCGCGUCAUCAAAGACUUUAUGAUCCAAGGAGGUGAUUUCACAAAAGGUGAUGGAACCGGUGGACGAUCAAUCUAUGGCGAACGUUUUGCCGAUGAGAACUUCAAGCUGAAGCAUUACGGAGCUGGUUGGUUGAGCAUGGCCAAUGCCGGCAAGGACACAAAUGGUUCCCAAUUCUUCAUUACCACCAAACAGACUAGCUGGUUGGAUGGACGUCAUGUUGUCUUCGGAAAGGUUCUCUCGGGAAUGGAUGUUGUCCGUAAGAUCGAAUCCAGUGCCACUGAUGGACGUGAUCGCCCUGUUAAAGAUGUUGUUAUUGCUGAUUCUGGCUCAAUUCCAGUUCCUGAACCGUUCUCUGUGGCCAAAGAGCCAUCACAAGAAUAAACUCAUUUUUAACGAUGGGUGAAAAGUGUGUGUGAGUUCAAUGGCACACAAUUUCAUCUCUAAGAGAAAAGAUUAAAACAGAAAAAACAGAGAAAGAUAUAAAAAAAAAACAUUAAUUUUUUGCAUUUAAAAUAAGAGACACAAUAAAAGUUCUUUUUUUAUAAGAAACAAA